AUGCGCGUCGUUUCAGCCAAUGCAAGACGACGGAUUCUCGUACAUCCUGAGGCAUUCACUACAGCCCGCAGUGGACGACGACUUGCAGCAAAAAACCAAUUCUCAACUUCGUCUGCGCUGGGCUCAUCGACUUUACCUCCAGAAUCAUCCAAAACUGCAAAAGGAGGAUCUACUCAGCACGUGCAGCACACUACUGCAAACUCUUCCAGUUUGCCAAAAAAGCAGCAGUCUCAGGAGGCAAGCGAAGAAGGCGUCCGCGACGAUGCACCGAUUCCGUACCACAAUGAACCGUCUAGUUGGACGGAUUCGUCUGCUCUGUCACCUUUUCUACGACGACACCCGAGCGUAUACAAGGCGGUCAAGUUUGUAUACGACGGAAUGGGACUGUAUGCAAAGCAGUCGGACGCGGUCAGACACGGCAAGAAAUUCUACAUGACCUGUAGCGAGCGAGACAUUGCAGAACAGGCGUUUGUAUAUGAUACAUGUCGCAUACCGCAAACAUUCCACACGUGGUUCCAAAUGACCAAUCUGCAUGUUUGGUUAUUGACAGUGCGCAUACGAGCUCUCCCAUCUCCUCACGGACGGUACAUUCUUCAAGCCCUAGUCGACUUUUUCUUCCAAGACAUUGAGGACCGACUUCGUGCUCUCUUGGGUCCGCGCAUCUCUGAGAGGACGAUCACGAGCUACAUGAAAGAAUACAGGGAACUUUGGAAUGGCAGUCAACUCUCAUUGGACGUAGGGCUCGUCGGUGGCGAUUGGGAGUUGGCGGGUGCGAUAUGGCGAAACAUCUUUGAUGCCAGAGGAUGGAACCUGGAUGGUUCUCAGGUGGUCGAAGGAGAGCAGACUCUACCACCCGGCCUCGACCGUCCAGCCACUGUACCGGAGACUGCCAAUCAAGAGACCACAGGUGGUGAUCGGAUAGAUCUCGUGGAGAUGCCCCAGCACAUCUAUACCUUUGUGGCAUACCUACGCCGCGAAUUAAAGCGGCUGGAGAGUGUCCCCGACGAUGAAAUCCUGCUCGGUGGCGACAUGGGCAAGUGGGGAAGCUUUGGGACUACCGACGAGAUUCGAAAGGGACCACUUGUACACAAAGAGCUGGAGAGAUGGGAGAUGUGGGCGGAGCAGACUGGAAAGUAUAGAUGA